UCCUCGUGCGACUUACGUGAAACGCGCCAUCUUUGUUCUUUGCGAGCAACGGUUUGAAUCGUGUCUCGUUUACUUCUUGCCUUCUAGGAAGGAGAGAAGCAGUGUACCAUCGAUAGAGCAUGUUUUACGAUUCAUAGCUUUUAAAAUUGUUUGAUGGUUGUGACAGGACAUAGAGCUAUUUUAAAGGAACGUCAAUGGCUGGCCCAAGGCGUAUCUUGGAUAUAAAUCGCGCGACGACAGAGGAAUUGGAGGGAUUAAAUGGAGUCGGAAGAACAAUAGCAAAGAGCAUCGUGGAUGUUCGAACUGCCCUAGGCGGAUUUUCAAGCAUCGAAGACUUGCAUGUCAUCCCGGGUGUAGGACAUUGUUUUAUUGAGCAACACAAAGAUGCCUUUUGUUGUUCUCCCUUGCCCAAUCUUAACAGGAGAGAGACAAGAGGCUCUGCCAAAGCUAAAACUGGAAGGCAGUCGUUGAACAGAAGGUCUUCUCCAACUGCUGCAAACAAAGGACAUGGCACACCUAAGGGAAAAAGGGAAUCAAUAAAACGAAAACUUUCGAGCAGUAGUCAUGAUCCAGAAAAUGAUGAGUGUGAGAAAUCAUCCCCGGAGAAGAAGUUCUGUUCCCCAGCCCAAAAGAGGCUUUUAAAGCUCCUCCCCCUCAGAAAUUAUGGUACCAUCAAGACAGCCACACCUGUGAUGAGUCCAGUAGACACCCGUUGUCGGCACAUGUCAUUUUGCAGCCAUCCACCAGCAGGUCUGGAAGAGUGGCUGCAAACAUUUCUGCAAUGGACAGCCGAGGAGAGGAAAUAUGCUCUUGAUGAGAUAAUUGAAAAUUGUGAGCCAACAGUUGUGAGACACAUUAUGGGUACCAUUGAACCAAGAUUUCAACGGGACUUCAUCUCUCUUUUGCCUAGAGAACUAGCAUUAUAUGUUCUGUCAUUUUUAGAACCCAGUGACUUGUUACGAGCUGCUCAGACCUGCAAGUGUUGGCAAACACUUUGUGAUGACAACCUGCUAUGGAAGCAGAAGUGUAAGCAAGCUAAUAUUGAAGAAGAACCAGUUACUCCUGUGAAAUGUAGUAGGCGUAGAUCCAAUAAUUCACAGCAGGUAAACCAAAACACCAAAGCUGCAAACAGCCCUUUCAAGAAACUUUACAUGACAAAGCAGCGUGUGUAUUGGAACUGGAGAAUGGGCCCAUUGCGUCCAUCUAAAGUCCUCAAAGGACAUGAUGACCAUGUCAUCACCUGUCUUCAGUUUUGCGGCAGCAGAAUUGUUAGUGGUUCUGAUGAUGGAACUCUCAAAGUAUGGUCUGCGGUAUCUGGAAAGUGUCUACGCACUCUUGUAGGUCAUACUGGAGGUGUGUGGUCUUCUCAGUUGAGUGGUAACAUCAUUGUCAGUGGCUCUACUGAUCGUACCCUGAAAGUCUGGAAUGCAGACACUGGUUACUGCAUGCACACACUUUAUGGACACUCAUCUACUGUUCGCUGUAUGGACAUGCAUGACAACACUGUUGUUAGUGGUUCUAGGGAUGGUACUUUAAGAGUAUGGGAUACCUCAUCUGGAAACUGCCUCCAUGUGUUGGUUGGGCACCUUGCUGCAGUGAGAUGUGUGAAGUAUGAUGGCAGACGUGUGGUCAGUGGAGCAUAUGACUUCUUCGUAAAAGUUUGGGAUCCUGAAACAGAGCAGUGUAUACACACUUUGCAAGGACACACCAACAGGGUGUAUUCUCUACAGUUUGAUGGUGUUUACAUUGUGAGUGGCUCAUUAGAUACUUCAAUACGAGUGUGGCAUGUAGAAACUGGACAGUGCCUGCAUACCUUGAUUGGUCACCAGUCUUUAACGAGUGGCAUGGAGUUGAAAAACAACACACUGGUGUCAGGAAAUGCUGAUUCUACUGUCAAGAUCUGGGAUAUUGCCUCUGGACAGUGCCUGCAGACCUUGGCAGGCCCAAGUAAACACCAGAGUGCUGUCACUUGCCUUCAGUUUAACAGCCGUUUUGUCAUCACUAGUUCUGAUGAUGGCACAGUUAAAAUUUGGGACUUGCACACAGGGGAGUAUAUCAGGGAUCUAGUGAAAUUAGACAGUGGUGGCAGUGGUGGUGUUGUGUGGAGAGUGAAAUGUGAUGAGAAGAAGUUGGUUUGUGCUGUUGGAAGCAGAAAUGGAACUGAAGAAACCAAACUUCUUGUCUUGGACUUUGAUGUUCAUGAGUAAUUGUUUGAUUUUUGCACUGGUGACUGCUUUAUUACUGUGGCAGACAGUGCAAUUGUCAUUUUUUAUGUGAAUUUUUUGUUUUCAAUUUGAAAGGGGUGUCUCCAGUUUCUGGAAAGUGUAAGCAUCAUUGUCGCUGUGUAUCUUAUUCAUUAGUCUUACAGUGUUGCUUGUUUGUUCUUUUGUCAUUGGUGUUGUGGCUGCAAACAAAACAUUUUGCCUUUUGUACGAAAUUUGCAUGAGGAGUUAAGUUGGGCAGCACUUUGUAUAAAGGAAUUCAUGGGUAUGCCUUUUGGAUACUGUAAGGCUGAAAAGUAUUGUAGUAAAAAAAACCCUUAUUGUAAAACUUAUUUUACUUAUUUUUCUUGUGCUUACACAUCGCUUGUUGCAUUGAAUUGAAUAGGAUAAAAGUUUACAUACAGGAUUUCUUGACCACUUAUGCCUGCUGGUCAGGCAUUGUAAAAUUCAGUUCAACAGAAUUUGACAUUAUAGUCACCAAUGGCUGUACAAAGAAAUUUAUGCACCUCAAGGAGUUGUCAAAGUAAUAUAAAUAUAUAUUUUUUUCACAACCAUUGUAAUUAAAUCAUGGGUCAGGAUCACUUGUGUCCAAAAAAUUUUGAUGGUUUUUUUUUUUUUUUUCAUGACAUGAUAUUAUUACAUUUGCAUACUUGAAAGUUGUUUGCUUAAGGUUAUCUUUGUAUCAGGGGCCAGUGAUAUCAUUGGACAGUUGCCUCUGUCCUUUGACUCUUUCAAGGAUCUUUACUUCAAGUACAAAUUAACAGCAAUGAUUGUAUAAAUUGAACUAAGUUAAAGGUUGGGUGAAAUAACAAAGACUGAAAAGGAAUAAAGCUUAUUUUUGUA